AUGUCUUUCUGGUUUGUUGUUAAAUUCUUUCUACAAAACACCAAGGUCAUUAUCAUUCCUCCUAUACAAUCUUUAAGUGUGUGUCACAUUUCUCUGUCUCGCUUUCUCUCUGUCUCGCUGUCUGUCUGUGUUUGUGCAUUCCCCUAUGUGUCCCAGUUUGGGGCAGAAUUCCGCAGGUUCUCCCUGGACCGGUCUAAGCCUGGCCGGUUCGAUGAGUUCUAUGGGCUCCUGCAGCACGUGCACCGGAUCCCAAACGUGGACCUGCUGGUGGGCUAUGCCGACGUCCACGGCGACCUGCUGCCAAUCAACAACGAUGACAACUACCAGAAGGCCAUGUCCGUGGCUAACCCGCUACUACGCCUCUUCCUGCAGAGGAAAGGUACAACCUAGCCUCAGGGCAGUUUGUAUAAUUUGGGAUGUUUUAUUUUAUAUCCCUCCAUUUAGUAUGAUACGUUACGAAUGGAACAGCGGUCGUACGACAUAUCAACUCAAAUUAUAUUGGUUGCGUACACAUUUUGCAGAUGUUAUCGCAGGUGCAGCGAAAUGCUUAUGUUUCUAGCUCCAACAGUGCAGUAAUCCUACGUAUGGCUAAUGUGGUCAGGUUGAAAGGUAAGGAAGGAUCACACAGAGCUAGGGGGCAGGCCGGGCUGUAGCCAUUUUGUAUCUUUCCCUUUCAAGAUGAUUUGAUACGUACCUAGAUACACGGGCCCUGAUACCAUACAGGAACCAUGCGUAUCUAUACUGAACAAAAAUAUAAACGCAACAUGUAAAGUGUUGGUCCCAUGUUUCAUGAGCGGAAAUAAAAGAUCCCAGAAAAAAAGCUUAUUUCUCUCAAAUGUUGUGCACUAAUUUGUUUACAUCCCUGUUGGUGAGCAUUUCUCAUUUGCCAAGAUAAUCCAUCCACCUGACAGGUGUGGCAUAUCAAGAAGCUGAUUAAACAGCAUGAUCAUUACACAGGUGCACCUUAUGCUGGGGACAAUAAAAGGCCACUUUAAAAUGUGCAGUUUUGUCACAACACAAUGCCAGAGAUGUCUCAAGUUUUGAGGGAGCAUGCAAUUGGAAUGCUGACUGCAGGAAUGUCCUCCAGAGCUGUUGCCAAAUAAUUGAAUGUUCAUUUCUAUAGCAUAAGUCGCCUCAAACGACGUUUCAGAGAAUAUUGCAGUACACACAACCGACCUCACAACCGCAGACCACGUGUAACCACGCCAGCCCAGGACCUCAACAUCUGGCUUCUUCACCUGCAGAAUUGUCUGAGACCAGCCACCCGGACAGUUGAUGAAACUGUGGGUUUGCACAACCGAAGAAUUUCUGCACAAACUGUCAUAAACCGUCUCAGGGAAGCUCAUCUGCGUGCUCGUCGUCCUCACCAGGGUCUUGACCUGAUGUCAACAUUGUGAACAAACUGCCUCAUGGUGGCGGUGGGGUUAUGGUAUGGGCAGGCAUAAGCUAUGGACAACGAACAAUUCGAAGGCAAUUUGAAUGCACAGAGAUACCGUGAUGAGGUCCUGAGGCCCAUUGUCGUGCCAUGAAUCUGCCGCCAUCACCUCAUGUUUCAGCAUGAUAAUGCACGAACCCAUGUCGCAAGGAUCUGUACAUACAGUGGGGGAAAAAAGUAUUUAGUCAGCCACCAAUUGUACAAGUUCUCCCACUUAAAAAGAUGAGAGAGGCCUGUAAUUUUCAUCAUAGGUACACGUCAACUAUGACAGACAAAAUGAGAAGAAAAAAAUCCAGAAAAUCACAUUGUAGGAUUUUUUUAUGAAUUUAUUUGCAAAUUAUGGUGGAAAAUAAGUAUUUGGUCAAUAACAAAAGUUUCUCAAUACUUUGUUAUAUACCCUUUGUUGGCAAUGACACAGGUCAAACGUUUUCUGUAAGUCUUCACAAGGUUUUCACACACUGUUGCUGGUAUUUUGGCCCAUUCCUCCAUGCAGAUCUCCUCUAGAGCAGUGAUGUUUUGAGGCUGUCGCUGGGCAAAACGGACUUUCAACUCCCUCCAAAGAUUUUCUAUGGGGUUGAGAUAUGGAGACUGGCUAGGCCACUCCAGGACCUUGAAAUGCUUCUUACAAAGCCACUCCUUCGUUGCCCGGGCGGUGUGUUUGGGAUCAUUGUCAUGCUGAAAGACCCAGCCACGUUUCAUCUUCAAUGCCCUUGCUGAUGGAAGGAGGUUUUCACUCAAAAUCUCACGAUACAUGGCCCCAUUAAUUCUUUCCUUUACACGGAUCAGUCGUCCUGGUCCCUUUGCAGAAAAACAGCCCCAAAGCAUGAUGUUUCCACCCCCAUGCUUCACAGUAGGUAUGGUGUUCUUUGGAUGCAACUCAGCAUUCUUUGUCCUCCAAACACGACGAGUUGAGUUUUUACCAAAAAGUUAUAUUUUGGUUUCAUCUGACCAUAUGACAUUCUCCCAAUCCUCUUCUGGAUCAUCCAAAUGCACUCUAGCAAACUUCAGACGGGCCUGGACAUGUACUGGCUUAAGCAGGGGGACACGUCUGGCACUGCAGGAUUUGAGUCCCUGGCGGCGUAGUGUGUUACUGAUGGUAGGCUUUGUUACUUUGGUCCCAGCUCUCUGCAGGUCAUUCACUAGGUCCCCCCGUGUGGUUCUGGGAUUUUUGCUCACCGUUCUUGUGAUCAUUUUGACCCCACGGGGUGAGAUCUUGCGUGGAGCCCCAGAUCGAGGGAGAUUAUCAGUGGUCUUGUAUGUCUUCCAUUUCCUAAUAAUUGCUCCCACAGUUGAUUUCUUCAAACCAAGCUGCUUACCUAUUGCAGAUUCAGUCUUCCCAGCCUGGUGCAGGUCUACAAUUUUGUUUCUGGUGUCCUUUGACAGCUCUUUGGUCUUGGCCAUAGUGGAGUUUAGAGUGUGACUGUUUAAGGUUGUGGACAGGUGUCUUUUAUACUGAUAACAAGUUCAAACAGGUGCCAUUAAUACAGGUAACGAGUGGAGGACAGAGGAGCCUCUUAAAGAAGAAGUUACAGGUCUGUGAGAGCCAGAAAUCUUGCUUGUUUGUAUGUGACCAAAUACUUAUUUUCCACCAUAAUUUGCAAAUAAAUUCAUUAAAAAUCCUACAAUGUGAUUUUCUGGAAUUUAUUUUCUCAUUUUGUCUGUCAUAGUUGACGUGUACCUAUGAUGAAAAUUACAGGCCUCUCUCAUCUUUUUAAGUGGGAGAACUUGCACAAUUGGUGGCUGACUAAAUACUUUUUUUCCCCACUGUAAUUCCUGGAUGCUGAAAAUGUCCCAGUUCUUCCAUGGCCUGCAUACUCACCAGACAAUGUAACCCAUUGAGCAUGUUUGGGAUGCUCUGGAUCGACGUGUACGACAGCGUGUUCUAGUUCCCGCCAAUAUCUAGCAACUUCGCACAGGCAAUCACACAGCCUUUUUAAAAAGUUAUCUGUGACCAACACAUGCAUGUCUGUAUUCUCAAGUCAUGUGAAAUCCAUAGGUUAGGGCCUAAGGAAUUUAUUUCAAUUGACUGAUUUCCUUAUAUGAACUGUAACUCAGUAAAAUCGUUGAAAUUGUUGCAUGUUGUGUUCAUAUGUUUGUUCAGUAUAGAUACAUGGGCCCUGAUACCAUACAGGAACGAUAUGUUUUAGUUUCAAACGAUUCGGUGCGAUUCGGUUUGAUUCUUCGAGGACCCCAAACAGUUGAAAGUUGAUUGGCCAUUGUGGAGUGGAUUUAAAUGGACACGUACAAUCUGAUUUCCUGAUUUAUCAAUAACUCUGCCAUCUCUUAACCAAUUCCUUCGCUUUUCUCAAAUUAAGAGAUGUACCAUGGGCCUGUAAUUUGGUGUUAUUUUGAAGCGACAGAUAUGAGUGUUUAAGUGAGACUGCUUAUAACAGUGCCCCCUAUAGGCCAACUGGUGCCAUUAUUAUUUAGUUGUGUGCCAAAUUAGAAAAAGUGACCAAUCUAUGCUUGUUAUUUGACCAAGUCAAAAUAUACAAAUUCAGUCAAUAACAAUAUUUAUUUUAGAGUAUCUGGAAUAUCUGAUAAAAAAAUGUCAUGAUAUUAUUUGAACAGUAAGAUCAUUUCAAAUGCCCAUCAGUUGAAUCUAGAGACACUGGGCUGUUGUCUGUGAGUCUAAGCUGUCUCGCUGUGCCAUAUGACCUAUAAAUGACAAGCCACUUUGUCAGGAAGGGAUUACAGUGGUCUCUGUGUAAAACCCUGUAGGCCCUGGGUUUCAAUUACACGCUAGACACUAACGUCACGCUGGGUCCUGUCUCUGUGGCUGCAUCCCCCCACCCCUCACCCUAACGUCACGCUGGGUCCUGUCUCUGUGGCUGCAUCCCCCCACCCCUCAACCACACACACACUCUUUUUAAAUCUUUGCCCGCUGCCUUUUCCCCCCAACAGUGUAGGGAGCAGUUAGCUCUAACUGGGGAUUUGUCUGGAUGUGGGUCCACAUAUUGUCUCCUUGCACUAAUGGGUUCCGGACCGUUGGGCUAAAUGAUGGCAGGGCUCUUCCUCGGGGCUCAGCAUGUUUUAGGAUGUAAAGAGCAGGUUUGUUGCUCUCUCUUUACUCCCCUCAGUUGUGUUCUGCUAAUUCUCUCUAGAUUAUACGUUCGUUUGAGAAGUGAAGAACGCUGUAUGUGUUUAGCGAGAAUGUUUUUCCCUCCAGCCAUGGCUGACAUUGUCACUGUGGAAGUAGGCCUAAAGGGAACUAGACUUAAGUAGCAGAUCUUUCUUUAUGGGCAGAUUUAAGAAUACAGUUGUCAUUGGACUGAUGUGUGGAAUGCUUUAAUGAUGAGCUGUGGAUGUGGAAUAUUGUACAUCUUCUUCUGUGGAAUGUGUAUGGAGUUAAUAUGUUGGCAACGCACUCAUGUUAAACACGCAGUGGUAUUCACAUAAUCUGAAUGAAAAAUGUUAUUUGUGUACACGUGCCACUUUUGUGGGCUUCUUGAUGUUUUGGAAAAUAUAUUUGUCACUGCUGAUGGUAAAGAAUGACUAGGGCUGUGACGUUCAUGGAAUUUUGAAUGCAAGUUAUUGGUCAGCCAAAUGACCGCGGUCACCAUUUUAAUCGUAUGAAGAGUUUGAUUAUUUAUUAUUAUUAUUUGUAAAGAUGCACCAUUUUCUCCUCUCCUGACUGCAUGUGCUGCUGCUGGAGGAAGGGGGGCGUUGCCUAGGCAACCAGACUCGUUUGCUACAACACCUUGCUUGUUUCAGCAAAGACCAACAAGUUUCACGUUGUAAAGAGUCCGCUGAAACGGACUCAACCGCACAAAUGCACGGCCGUCCCAUCUUCAGUCACCUGUUGGUUCCAAAAAAUAAAUUUUAUUUUCAUGAAGGUCUUCCUCCAUAAUUGUCGGUUACACGAUUAUACAGUAAUUAUGCCAGCUCUAUGUAUGACAGCAUUCUUGGGCAGUGUUGGCUUUCAUUGACAUUUUAGUCAUUUAGCAGACUCUCUUAUCCAGAGCGACUUACAGUUAGUGAGUGCAUACAUUAUUUUUUUAUUUUUCAUACCCCCGUGGGAAUCGAACCCACAACCCUGGCGUUGCAAACGCUAACCUCUACCAACUGAGCUACAUCCCUGCCGGCCAUUCCCUCCCCUACCCUAGACGACGCUGGGCCAAUUGUGCGCCGCCCCAUGGGUCUCCCGGUCAUGGCCGGCUAUGACAGAGCCUGGAUUCGAACCAGGAUCUCUAGUGGCACACGCCACUCGGGAGGUUGCUUUCCUUCCUUCUUUUGGCCUGUGUGUGUGUGUGUGUGUGGUUGUGAGAGAGAGAGAGAGAGAGAGCGAGCGAGCGAGAGAAUCACUAGGUAAUUUCUGUCAAUAGCUUGUCACACUGAAAUCAUUUGGACACGCACAAAGAAGGAAACACACUCUCUUACACAAUGUCUGGACGCUGCAGUGCAGUGCCCCAGGCCUGUUUACCUGUUACCAUGGUAGCCCUGAAGCGGCCCAUUGGAUUAAUGGCCCUGGGUAUUGUUUAGGACUGACGGGAGCUGCAAAGCCUGCUGAGGGAAAUACCCCCCCCUCCCCCACACACACAAACAAUAAUAGUUUUGAGACGUUUUUUGUGUGUCAUUUGUGUUUUGAGGUUUACUCAAACACAAUGUGUGAAGCUGAAGGGUUAUAAAUGAUACACUGUGUCUUUCCUUCGCAUGACAACUUGGUUGCUGUUUGCAAAGUCCAGUUGUCUAUCUGUAUGCUCUGAAUUCACAUUGUUUUUGUUUAGUUUUACUGAAUGGGACCAGAGCACCAGAGCAGGUUGCCUUUUCCCAUACCUCCCCCGUGUCCCACAGGCACACUGUUUCUGCUGAGGUCACUGGAACACUGUGUUUAUUGUGGUCAGCCAGAGAAUGACAGCUGUACUCCUCUGUUCUCAUCAAUUAUACCCCUCUCAGAUAAAGCAGGUAAGCCUUGGUAUCAGUUGUCACGGGGAUGGGUGUGGUGUACUAGUGGAACACAGGGUUGUCAAAAGAGAAUUCCGUUGUUGUAUGACAUCUUAAUCGGUGUCUGUCAUACAGAGCAGAACACUCCUCCCAGCCUUCACCUCCUGUCCUGUCCUCGCAGCAUGAGACUGUCCAGGUUUCCAUACUGAUUGGACCCAGUCAUUAUUCAGGGUAUCUGGGUGGGUCGGUGUGUUUUGUUGAACUAAUGAUGUCAUCGCCGUCAUAGUUUCAGUUGUGAAAAGCACAAGGGUUUUUAUGAGGGUGAGUGGAAGUACUGCACUGUGCUGCUCCAGCAAUUACUGGCAAAGUAAUUAGUAACCAUGCCUCAUAAAGAGAGAACAGCACUGCAUAGUGUUUUAGUACGCCAUGCUGUCUACCCACCCAGGAAAGCAAUCACUGUUGCAUGAUAACUGUGUGGGUUUUAAGAGUGGCCGAGUAGACGGCAUGAUAUUUACAUUUACAUUUAAGUCAUUUAGCAGACGCUCUUAUCCAGAGCCACUUACAAAUUGGUGCAUUCAACUUAGGAUAGCCAGUGGGACAACCACCACUGUGGGAGGGGGGUGUAUAAGGAUUACUGUUAGACUAUUCCAUGGUAUUCCUUAAAGAGGUGGUUGUGGAGGCAGGGAAAAGUAAUGGAAGAGAGGAGGAAUAGAGGAGGAAAGGAAAUAAAGGGGUGAUCAAGUGAGUGAAGAAUGCAGAGUGAGGCCCCUAGAUGGGGGACGGGGAGCUGGAAGAGGAGGGGGCUUCAUUGUGUGGAUUUGUGGCUCGCCUCUGAUCACCACUGCUGGGUAGAUUAAACUGGACAGCAGGCCGUACACAACACUAGAGCCAUGGGACAGGAGUUAGCUGGGCUGCCCAGCCAGGGAGGGAGAGAGGGAACUAGUGCUGACUACUGAGGGCCAGUGGAGAGAGGGAUGACGGCAGGAGAGAGGGAGCGAGGUAGAGGGAGGGAGGGAGAGGGAGGGAGAGAGGGAACUAGUGCUGACUACUGAGGGCCAGUGGAGAGAGGGAUGACAGCAGGAGAGAGGGAGCGAGGUAGAGGGAGGGAGGGAGAGAGAGAGGGAACUAGUGCUGACUACUGAGGGCCAGUGGAGUGAGGGAUGACAGUGGGAGGGAAACAAAAUGCCAAAGGGAAGUACAGGUGGUAUUGUUUGCCAUCUUGGUCAAAGGGCAGUGCCUUUAUGCAUUGUAGUACUGUACUGUACUGUUAUCUCGUUGUAGGGCUGGGCCUUAUCCUCCUCCUCAUGAUAUGAAUGUUGGAGAUAUGAUUUCAUCAUUCCCUGAUAUUGACACAAGUUCUCCACAUACUGCAGCCUACCAUGAUAAAGCUCAGUUAGGUGCUAAUGUUAUCAAAUGGAGGCUGUUGAACAUGUCCAAAUAUGAAUAAAGCUUAUUCAUAUAGAUAAAUGCUAAUUGACAUGGUCACGUUCAUCAUAUUGUUAUCCAUGAUGUGACAGGGAUAUUUGUCUCCCUCGCCCAGCCCUAAUUAGGCAGACAGUGCAGUAUGAAAUGUAUAUCUGAUUAUUCACUAACCUUUCCCCUCAGAGCCCAGAUCAAAGUGACAACUGGGCUCCCUGUCUCUGCAGAACCACAGGAGGAUGAGACCGAGAGAUGCCGUGAGGGGAACAGAGGUGUUCUGAGCCAGGCUGCAACACCAGCAAAGUCUUUGUUCAGGAGAAUGAGCGACAGGGUGGCCCGGAUAGGGAAGGGGCUUACUAACCCACGUGCCUGUUCCUCCCCUCUGUCUUCCCCCUCCUCACCCCUCGCCUUGGAGGCUGCGUGUACAGGCAUGGCCCAUCAGACAGCAUCAUCAGACAGCAGAGAGAGACAGGGCAGAGAGAACCAAGCCAGUCUGGAUGAAAGGGGACAGAGGGUGAAGGAGAGACUGCAAGAGGCAGGGAGAGACUGA